CCGAGAGCCACGAGAUUUGAGCCCCCGGGACCCGUCAGCAGCAUGUGUCCUCCCCCCAUGCGUGACCCCGAGGCCACCGAGAUGAGCACUGCGGCCCGGCCCUCGCGAGCGCCCGUGUCUCACUAGCAGGAGCCCGCCGGGCGCCAUGGGGUGCUAGCCCCGAAGAGUCGCCGCGACCGCAGGUCUCCGUGGAGCCGGGAUUUGCACGGCAGCAGAGGCACCGUGGAGAGGCCAGGGUACCACAAACUUAUGGAUUUUGACAAGAAAGGAGGGAAAGGGGAGUCGGAGGAGGGCCGGAGAAUGUCCAAGGCCGCCGGCCGGAGCAGCCACGGCGUCCGGAGCUCGGGGACCAGCUCGGGGGUCCUGAUGGUGGGCCCCAACUUCCGGGUCGGGAAGAAGAUAGGCUGUGGCAACUUCGGGGAGCUCCGGCUAGGAAAGAAUCUCUAUACAAAUGAAUACGUAGCUAUCAAAUUGGAGCCCAUCAAGUCCCGGGCGCCGCAGCUGCACCUGGAGUACCGCUUCUACAAGCAGCUCAGCGCCGCAGAGGGCGUCCCUCAGGUCUACUACUUCGGCCCGUGUGGGAAGUACAACGCCAUGGUGCUGGAGCUGCUCGGACCCAGCCUGGAGGACCUGUUCGACCUGUGCGACCGCACGUUCACGCUCAAGACGGUGCUCAUGAUCGCCAUCCAGCUGAUCACGCGCAUGGAGUACGUGCACACCAAGAGCCUCAUCUACCGCGACGUGAAGCCCGAGAACUUCCUGGUGGGGCGACCGGGCACCAAGCGGCAGCACGCCAUCCACAUCAUCGACUUCGGCCUGGCCAAGGAGUACAUCGACCCCGAGACCAAGAAGCACAUCCCGUACCGCGAGCACAAGAGCCUGACGGGCACGGCGCGCUACAUGAGCAUCAACACGCACCUGGGCAAGGAGCAGAGCCGCCGUGAUGACCUGGAGGCGCUGGGCCACAUGUUCAUGUAUUUCCUGCGUGGCAGCCUGCCCUGGCAGGGGCUCAAGGCCGACACGCUCAAGGAGCGCUACCAGAAGAUCGGGGACACCAAGCGGGCCACGCCCAUCGAGGUGCUCUGUGAGAGCUUCCCAGAGGAGAUGGCCACGUACCUUCGCUACGUGCGGCGCCUGGACUUCUUCGAGAAGCCGGACUACGACUACCUUCGCACGCUCUUCACCGACCUCUUCGACCGCAGCGGCUUCGUGUUCGACUACGAGUACGACUGGGCCGGGAAGCCUCUGCCCACGCCCAUCGGCACGGUCCACACCGACCUGCCCUCGCAGCCUCAGGUUCGGGAAAAAGCCCUGCUAUACAGCAAAAACCAGGUGAGGGGCCGGCCGAGGACCCCAGCAGCGUGGGGGGGGCGGGCAAAGCAGGGCCUACAGGACUCCCCUGCCCCUCUUGCCCCACAGGCACUGAACUCCACCAACGGGGAGCUGAAUGCCGACGACCCCACCGCUGGCCACUCCAACGCCCCCAUCACGGCCCCCGCAGAGGUGGAGGUGGCCGACGACACCAAGUGCUGCUGUUUCUUCAAGAGGAGGAAGAGAAAAUCUCUGCAGCGACACAAGUGACCCUGGGGCGGUGGCCUCUGAAGCCUCUCGCUGCAGCCCGUCAGGGCCCGCUUGUCCACGGCCGCGUGGCCACCGCUGGACGCAGACUGCAGGCCGGGCAGAGCUGCCAGCCCCCGCGUGGGGUCACUUCCUUCACGUAAGACUUUGGCCGAGAUUUCUACACCUGUGUCUAGUCCUCCCCUCCGAGAGCAUUAACUAUUUAAAACAAGGAAGAGAGAAAACCACAGCGGCUGCCCUGCCUUGUGCCCCCGCGCGUCUGCUGAGUGAGUAGCGCGGCCGCCUCCGUCCAGCCCGCCGCUCGCCCAUUAGUGUCAUAAAGUGCAGCUUGUCUCCCUCGAUCCAAAGGCCGUUUUCUCGAGGGGGCGCUGCGGGGCGUUGCUGCCAGGGGUGAGCCCGCCCUGGGCCUCCCCAGACCAAAGGGGAAGGCGGGAUGGGAGCGGCCCCCAACUAAAAUGCUGCACCAAAGCCUGGGCCGGCGGGCGUGGCCCGCGGGGGUCCUGCGCACCUGCUCGUGGAGCCGCCGGCCUGGAACUCGGGGUGGCCACCGCGUGGCCCGUGGGCGGCGCGUGCCCGCAGGCUCCUUGUGUCGCUCUGCGCUGCCGGCCGAGCCGUGGAGACAAGCGCCUUAAAGCCCAUCCGAGCCCCGCAGGUGCGUGUGGAGCGGGCAGCCCGUCGGUGCGGCCCCCGUGGUCCCCUGGGGCCUGCGUGCUGAGGGCAGAGCAACUGGGGGCGCCCCGCGUGUGCGUCUAGGUCUUGCUUUACAAAAAGUGUACAGAAAUGGCACUUCCGUUUCUCUGAUGCUUCCUGGAAGCCAUAGAACUUAGGGGCUUUUUUAAAAAAAUAAAGGAAAAUGAAA